GAGGUUCUUGUGGACUACAAACCAGAGUUGACAUGUUAAGGAUAUAUGUAACAUGAUUUAUGAAUAAAGAUUUGACUAAAUUGUGGAAUAAGAAUGUAUCUUUGAUAUUUUUACAAACAGUUUAAUAUUCUAAAGGUAGWUAUGUAAUUUCCUUCAAAUUCAUUCAUUCAAUAAAUGUUUGAGUGCCAACUUGUGCCAAAUACUAUUCUAGUUCCUAGAAAACAGUGAUUAUCAGGACACACAUAAUCCCUGCCCUUAAAAAUGAUCACACUCUGGUGGGAGAGACUGAUUUUAAAACUCAACACAUGAAUAAAAUAUUUACAAAUUAUGUUGUGAAGGAAAUAUACAAGUUGCAAACUAGGAUUUGGUGCUGGGAAGAAGUUUCUACAGGGUAAAGCUAUGUGAAAAAUAGAAGAGGUAAGGUAUGUUUUCUCCCUGUCUUGUAACCCCCUUGUCAAAGUGAAAAUUUACCUCACCAACAGGAUACAGUGGCAAAAGAAUAUGGGUAUUCCAUUUCCCUGGUAGUAUAUUUUCAUGUGCAGUGCAAUUAUGACAAAGAACACAAAUAUACGUAUCCUGUAAUUACUACCAAAAUACUGUGGAGAAAAUCUURAAUUACUGCAAUUUAUAUAAGGGUUCCUUCCCAUGAUUGGAUUUCAUUGUAAGUUUUAGUGCCAGGACCAUAGCUCCAGAAGCAUGAAAUAGAACCCCAAUCCCAGCAUGUAAACAACCUUGACUUCCCUGAAUGAGUUGAAUACAYUAUGAUCUGCAAAUGAGAAAGGAGCAUGUGAUGUUUAAGAAAGGAAAGGUGUACAAAGUGGUCUAACUCAGAGCAGCCAUUGAGACUUUUGCCACUCUAAAAUCUGAGAUCCAUCACCUCCCUGUGUUCAAGAAUCUCACUCCUGGGGAGAGAGGGUAACCCAAAUAUAAACUAUCAGAAGGCUCAACCACUAGAGGGAGAAAGUGUGCCUCUGGUGACUAGGGAGCCAAUGAAAGCAACUCAUUAGAAGGAGAGGCUUCAAGGGAGCUAAAUUAAGCUCUAAUCAGUCAGGGGUAAGACCUAUAUCAACCAUGGAAGCCUUGGGAAACUUCAUGAUGAACCCAUAAGACUUUACAAUUGAUUCUCUUCUACCAAAGAAUUCAGUUGCUUAAACUAUCAAGAUAUUUCACCUUWAUUUUGAAUGUUUUAAUUCAUGGUUUCUAAGCACCUCUUUAACUUUGCACAUACUUAAAAUACUUAAGCUUCCUUUCCAGGAGGAAUGACAAUAUAGAGAAGCUAUGUGACCCUUUAUAUACUGGCCAUUUACAUUUUAUGAACAAAAUUCCAAUUUUCUCAGUUAAUUUAAGAUUAAAAUCUUUGCCAUCCAUUGGGAUGAUUAAAAUGAUUUGUGGGUUCUGUUUAGUCUCUCCUAAAUAUGACUUUAGAAAAAUUAAUUUUAUUUUGAUCAUUGGAAGAUAGGUAAAAAAAUUGCUUUACCAAUAUGUAAUUCACAGGCACAGUAACUAUCUUAAAAUCAUUAGAAAGUUGUUCCAAGCUUGAGCCCAAAUGAUUUCUCUCCAAUCUUGUUUGCUGCAUGGCAUCAUAAUUUUCCCCACCCCCCCCCAUCCAAAUAAAGGGAAAUAAAAGGGAAAAAAGUGAUUCUAUUGGCACAGUUGAUCAAUAAAUAAAUACAAUAUAUGGAAUAAAUCUCAAAAGGAGUUCAUUAAAAAACUUAACUACAGUAUUACUCAAGUUAUACAGUAUCCAUUAUUUAGACAGUCUCAUUGUGAAUGAAUUCUUCCCUCACACGAAAAAUCUAAAGAAGACAUUUCCYAAAAUUUCCCAGACAUACACAGUGGUGCUUAAGAUAAAGUUGAUAAUUUUAUUUUCUAUGURUCAUUUCUCUUUCCUCGGGGCGGGGAAACCCUCAGCAACUAUUUCUGGGAUUYUUAAAAGGAGUAGGAGGAGUGGAGUACGGUGCUGCAUUGAUUUUCUUCACAAUCUGUGAUAUUAUUUCUCAGAAAUGCUGUUUGGCAGUCCUGAUAAUUUCAUGUGUUUUCAAACUUAACCCACCCAGACUACACAGUUCAGUAUUUUCAGCUCCUUUCAUUUUCCUUUUCCCCUUUAAUUAUAGACGUCUCCAUUCCCCUCUUUUUUGCAAAUGUGGUUAAGAAAGAUACUAAAUGCUACUAUUGUAGAAAGAACAUACAUUUGUUAUUCUCAUGACGAUUUCUAGAAAUUCUUCCAAAAUACAGAGGCUGUGAUCCAUGCUUAUUGCUGGGCAACACUUGAAGGGUUACUUUUUUGGACCCUCAUUCGUUCCUCUGCCUUGGAUGAAUGUGGCACUUGCCCGGGGGAAGAAAAAGCAAGUAAACACUCUAAUUUUAAACUUGCACUGUAAAGCACUUUCAAAAUAGUCAUAGUUGAGCUUCAUCUCAGACCUGAAUUUCUGCCUGGGUCCAUUCCCGAGGGCCCCUCUAUUCUGCUCGGUGUCCUGGUCUACCAGGUGCCGUUUUGUGAAACUGCACCGCAGACUUGACUGCGAAGCCCGGGCGAGCUGGUGGGUGGGUCCAGGCGCACACCCCGGCUCGGACCAGCACGCCGAUCCCGGAGCUCCACGUCCUGCGCCGCGACGGCCGUCCCGCUCCAGUCGCCCGGCCUCUCCACGAAUCCCAGUUUGAAAGAAAACUUCACGCGGCCGAGAUGAACCUCCCUGCACCGUUCCAAUCCUUCCUUCCCGGCGGGACGAAAACCAUUGCACUUUGACUAUGGAAACAGAGGCUAUUGAUGGCUAUAUAACGUGUGACAAUGAGCUUUCACCUGAAAGRGAGCACUCCAAUAUGGCAAUUGACCUCACCUCAAGCACACCCAAUGGACAGCAUGCCUCACCAAGUCACAUGACAAGCACAAAUUCAGUAAAGCUAGAAAUGCAGAGUGAUGAAGAAUGUGACAGGAAACCCCUGAGCCGUGAAGAUGAGAUCAGGGGCCAUGAUGAGGGUAGCAGCCUAGAAGAACCCCUAAUUGAGAGCAAUGAGGUGGCUGACAACAGGAAAGUCCAGGAGCUUCAAGGCGAGGGAGGAAUCCGGCUUCCGAAUGGUAAACUGAAAUGUGACGUCUGUGGCAUGGUUUGCAUUGGGCCCAAUGUGCUUAUGGUACAUAAAAGGAGUCACACUGGUGAACGUCCCUUCCACUGUAACCAGUGUGGAGCUUCUUUUACUCAGAAGGGCAACCUUCUGAGACACAUAAAGUUACACUCUGGAGAGAAGCCGUUCAAAUGUCCUUUCUGUAGCUACGCUUGUAGAAGAAGGGACGCCCUCACAGGACACCUCAGGACCCACUCUGUGGGUAAACCUCACAAGUGCAACUACUGUGGACGAAGCUACAAGCAACGCAGUUCACUGGAGGAGCACAAGGAACGCUGCCACAACUAUCUGCAGAAUGUCAGCAUGGAGGCUGCUGGGCAGGUCAUGAGUCACCAUGUACCUCCUAUGGAAGAUUGUAAGGAUCAAGAGCCUAUUAUGGACAACAAUAUUUCUCUGGUGCCUUUUGAGAGACCUGCUGUCAUAGAGAAGCUCACAGGGAAUAUGGGAAAACGUAAAAGCUCCACUCCACAAAAGUUUGUGGGGGAAAAGCUCAUGCGAUUCAGCUACCCAGAUAUUCAUUUUGAUAUGAACUUAACAUAUGAGAAGGAGGCUGAGCUGAUGCAGUCUCACAUGAUGGACCAAGCCAUCAACAAUGCAAUCACCUACCUUGGAGCUGAGGCCCUUCACCCUCUGAUGCCGCACCCGCCAAGCACAAUCGCUGAGGUGGCCCCAGUUAUAAGCUCAGCUUAUUCUCAGGUCUAUCAUCCAAACAGGAUAGAAAGACCCAUUAGCAGGGAAACCUCUGAUAGUCAUGAAAACAACAUGGAUGGCCCUAUCUCUCUCAUCAGACCAAAGAGUCGACCCCAGGAAAGAGAGGCCUCUCCCAGCAAUAGCUGCCUGGAUUCAACUGACUCAGAAAGCAGCCAUGAUGACCACCAGUCCUACCAAGGAAACCCUGCCUUAAAUCCCAAGAGGAAACAAAGCCCAGCUUACAUGAAGGAGGAUGUCAAGGCUUUGGAUACCACCAAGGCUCCCAAGGGCUCACUGAAGGACAUCUAUAAGGUUUUCAAUGGAGAAGGAGAACAGAUAAGGGCCUUCAAGUGUGAGCACUGCCGAGUCCUUUUCCUAGACCAUGUCAUGUAUACUAUUCACAUGGGCUGCCAUGGCUACCGGGACCCACUGGAAUGCAACAUCUGUGGCUAUCGAAGCCAGGACCGUUACGAGUUUUCAUCACACAUUGUUCGAGGGGAGCACACAUUCCACUAGGCCUUUUCAUUCCAAAGGGGACCCCUAUGAAGUAAAGGACUGCACAUGAAGAAAUACUGCACUUACAAUCCCACCUUCCCUCAGAUGUUGGCAUACCUUUUUUUAAAAAAAUAUUAUUACUGUCAAUAAUUCUUAUUUUGUGGACGCAGUGUCAUUUGCUCUGCCUAAUUAUAAUGAGGAAGAAGCAGAAGAGAGAAGGGACGGGGAAUAUUGUUUCCUGAUAACUUGGCUUGUUUAUUUUAUGGGAACUUAAAGCAGUUCAUAUCUGCCACAUAUAGAUAUAAGGCAUACCGUGCUUUGAAAAAAAUCACUUGAUUCAUAUAGAUUCUCCUAAGAUAUUCUAAUUUGCCACUGAUGUUCAGGAUUAUGAUGGAAGGCAGGAAAUUUUAGGGUUUUCUGGGUAGGACUUCAGCGAUUUCAAAUGGUAUAAGUAAUUUUACUCUUUAAAGAAGAACUUGUUUCAAAAUAUAAACUGGUUUUUUGUUCUUUAGAGAUUAUGGAAUACAAACACAUUGUUAUUUUCAGUGAUAACUCCUAGGAUGAGUUCAGUCGUCAUGGGUUCUAUGUUUACUUCCCCUAUGGAAUUUAUAAUUCAGUAUGUUUUACACUGUACCAUAUAGCAAAACUUUUAAACUACAGGUAGUUAAGGACCACUGUAAUACAUCUGAGGUCCUUUGAUCUUAUUUUUCUAAACUUAAGCACUGUUUUUCCAUAGUUUUGAUGACUGGCAUUUUAUAGACACCCUGGCAGCCUUACUUUUAACACCUUUAAUAGUAUUUUUAUGUAGUUUUCAAAAUAACAUAUGGUCUACAAGAGUGGAUAAGAGGCAGUCAGUAAUUUCCAAGUGGGACUCUACUUUUCAUAAAUUUGUUUGGGAUUUUUUUGAAAGUUGUGAUGGCGGCAUAGUAUGUGUAUUUGUUUCUAAAAGUAUGCUUACAAUUGUCACUUUAUCAGCAUUUAAUCAGUGUUAACCAGUCAGCAGAAAAAUAUAAUUAGGCUAACAGUAGGGGGAAAACCCACUAGAAAUCCCUUUUCUGGUAUUUCUCUCUUCACUGGUUUUUUCAAGCUGUGACCACUCAGUGUUGUGUCCAUAGUUCAUUCCUCUUUUACUCUUGGAGUAGAAGGUCCUAAAACUUGUGCUAUAUAGGCUACUUCGUUCAAAAUCUUGAAGCAAUUGCUUAUUUGACCUGAAUGUGGUAACUUGAACCUUACAAGGUUACUGAACUAGGGCUAUUCUAGUAUUUCUUCAGUAACAAUAUUCACUACUUUUGCUGCAGAGAAAAGGGAACUUCUUUGUAAUCUGUUCACUGAGCUACACAUCAAAGAAGCAACAAAAUUUGCUCUUACCCUUCUUAUAGUAUAGAAUAUGACAGAACCUUCGAGCAAAAGUGCUGCACACUUUUCUGCGUGUUUUUUUUAAAGACAUUCAUCUCUGUAAAUCCCUUAGUACAGAAUUUUCCAUCUUUUAAUUCAUACAUAACAUAUGUUGCCAUAUUUCAUGUGCAGAUUUUAAUUUCACUUAUGUGGGUGUUCUUUUUUUUGUUGUUUUUUCUUUCCAUCCAACAGCAUUAGAGGGGAGGAACCAAGUGAUGCUGAUUCUCAAGUCAUUUGAGGGGAAACAGGAGAAGGUAGAACUUGCUGCUUGUGUUUGGGGAAAACAGGCCUGACCAUGACUGGAUUAUUUGAUAAACAUUUGUGAAUAUUGAACUUUCUAUUAAGCAGUAACUAAUUGCUGCUCUAAAAGAUCAUAAUAUAGAAUGCGACAGUGUGGUGGGAGAAGUAUCAAGACUAGAAAACUGUGGUCAGAUUAGCAAAUCUGGCCCCAGUGCUGCUGUUAAUUCAUUUUCUAGUUUACCGUUUGCUUAUUUAAGCAACUUCUAAGCACUAACACAUAACUGGGUAAAAAUAGUUAUAAUUUGGCUCUCUCUUUUACUAAUUCCUAUCAUAAUUAUUUUUGGAGAAAUGUCCAAACUGUUCCUUUAAAUCUGAGAGAAUGCACCAAAACAGAGAUGUAUAGAAUGCCAACUGUUAAUUUUUUUUUUCCUGCAUGCCUUGGUACAUUGUGAACAUUAUUCAAAGAUAAAGCAUGUCUUUGAGGCUUUCUCACCCCCACCUAUCCUAACUCCUUCCAAAUCAUAAUUGAAAUGACAUUUCUAUUUUCCUUUUAGAUGAGGUUAAAAUAAUUUUAAGGCUCAUGAUUUUGUGUUUUACUGUAAUUUAGGGAAACAUUUGGAUGCCAGUCACUAUGUUCACAAUUUUGCCUGUGUAUGAAUUUCUGCUGGCAUCAUUUAUGAAUUUUAUUUCUUUUUUUUUUCACUUGAAUAAUCACUUACCUACCUGCCCUGGGAUGAAACUGAAUUUAGGUGGACCUAAAGAAUUGUAUAGUUCCCCUGUGAAGACAGUACUAAUGCACUCUCUUUUUCUGAUUUCAUUUUUAUGAGAAACUAUUUACUGAAAGGAGCUAAUACUUGUGAAUGUAUAUUUGCUACAAAUGUGUACUUGCAUUUUCUUAGCUUCAUGAUAUGAGGAACAGAAAGAGAUGAUGGAUCAAGGUGUGACCGGGACAAAUGAGGACAAGGUCAAUUCACAUUUGUAGGUUAGAAAGAAUUUUUGUGAAUACAGUGCUUUCUGAGAUUCACUGGAUGGCUAUAUUUGCAUGCCCCUUCAUCAAAAAGGGAAAUAUGCAACGUGGUAGCACCUAAAAAUAAAUACGAGGGUCAGACACAAAAUAAAUCAAAGGUUUUACAUAACAGUUGUAUGCCCAAUUUAUUUAGGUGAGAUUUCACAGUGCAGAAAGUAUUUGAGGGGCAUGAAAAUGGGUUAUCCUCUGUAUUUUCCAAUCUGGCAAAAAUCCAGAAAUUCAUCACAUCUCUUUGCCCUAAUUUUGCCCAGAUUUUUUUUUUUAUCUCCAGCUCUUUUUGGAAAAGGUUGCUGCCUCUUUGGAAUAGUGAUAGUCUCUUUUAAAAAGCCAUAGUAAACAGGCUUUUUAAAAUAAUGAAAGUGGCCAGUAGGCAGAUAGAAAGAAAGAGAUUUGAAGAUGUUGAAACAUUCCGUUAAGAAUUUUCUGGAGGGACAAAAUAGAAGAAUGAGAGCCUAGAGUUCGGAUUGGGGACAAAGUAGGAAGUUUCUGUCCUACAUACAUACAGGCAGUUGUAUGAAUCAGUGCAUAUGCUGUGCAUGUGUAUCACACACAUUCUUUUAAAGGAAAUUUAAGAAGCAAAAAGUUAUUAGAUGUUACAAGAACAUAGAGAUUUAAAAUUAUACUUAAUACCUGAUUUUAUUUAAAAAAUAAUGAGAUGUUACUAGCGUGUCUUUAGGACUAGUGGCAAUUAUUAAACUUAAAUCUUUGGGUCUUUAUGAUCUACUUCCAGAACAAAGUGAAACAAUGAAAAAAAUUUAAGAUGAUUGAUAAAAAUUUAAAGAAAUAUAAAUUCAUUUUUGAAAAGGAAGAAAAUAUAGAAAAAAUAGUAACUUUUACUUGUUGGUAAAUAGAGAAAGACAAGAAUAUUUUCAUGAGCUUUUAAAAAUUUAUUGUUUUUGUGUUUCAGUUAUAUAACUCCCAAACCAUGAAGUGUUUAGAUUUUAUAGAUGUUUAUCAAAAUUUACACCAGAGAAGUCAUCCAGAUGAAAAAUUAUGUUUUAAAUAUUUUCCAAAUCUUAUUUCAUCCUAUCUCCAAAUGGUUUGUUGGGGUAGAAAAAGAACGUAAGAGGCUGUAGAAAUAUAAAUAAAAAACUAUAUGCCCCUAAUUUAUAGACAGAAUUUAAACUAUAAGAGGGGUACUACCUACAUAUUUAAAAACUUUGGAUUGUUCAUUUUGUUUUUUUAAAAAGUUACAUUUGUGGUCCUCUUCAGUUAUAUUUUAUAUAUUAUUUUAGUAAGUACUCUCUGUUUGAUUGUUCUAUAGCAGAAAAUUCUCCAAAUGCAAAAGAAAAAAAUGUGGGAGUGAAAUUCAAGUUUGUACAUACAAAAGUUAUUUUAGAAAUAUUUUUAAUUCUCCAGUUUCUGCAAAAUAAUUAAAAUAUACAGUAACUGGUCUCUGAAAAUCCUGAAUUUAAUGUAUUAAAUACUUAUGAACAUUUUUAUAUUGGUGCCUUUUUAAAAUGCAUUGAGAGUGUUGGUUAGCUAUUUUAGCCCUACAACACUUUUAUUGUGUAUUUUUAAAAAUUACUUAAAAUUGAAUACUGUAUAAUUCAUCUUUAUGUUAUUAGGGAAAAAAUGCUAAAGCAAUUUUCAAUACAGAAACUUUCAGCUUAGCUGCUAAAAGCAAAUGGAAACUUUGAAACCAAAUUUUAGUUUUUUUAGUUUGAUAGUAUUUCUGAAUCCCAUCCCAAUAUUAUAUAGGUAAAAUAGAAGGUGGGGUGAAAUUUUAGCUGUGAAUUGAUUUAUGGUAUGUGCUUUUGUUUUGUUUUUAAGAGAGAAUAGAAUAAGUUCUGUAUCACACAAGGAUUUAUUAGUAGAAUUUUGAGUCCAAAAAAAUGCAGUGUUGUUUUUAAUUUUUAUCCCCAGACUAGUGUUAUUCUAGUCUUGGAACCUCUCUAUCUUCUAAUCUGUUAAUGUUUUAUGGAA